CACACAUUGACACUAUAUACAUAUCGCUAAUCUUCAUCGUCAUUAUUUUGCAUUCACGGAUCGUUAUUCCAUUAAGUUUUGGUUUCUUUGUUUCAUUUCUGAAAGAGUGAAGAUCUUAUAGUUUUUUACUACAAUGCGUGCUCCAUCAUUGUUUACACAAUGCCUGCCUGGCGUGGUGCACCAUGACCGGGUCGCUCACAGUAUGUCCAUUGUAUCGGAUAAGGACAUGCAUCUGCCUUCACCAGCUAUUGAGAUUCUACCCUCUAAGAUGGGAUAUCCUUACAGAUAUGCAGGGGAUAGCAUAGAUUGGCAAGGAGUAAACCUCUUCAAGGGAAGAGUUAGUGUCUCAGAUAUUAUUGGUUCCGAAUUAAUCUCAUCAAAACCUGACGCAUCUCCGAAAUGCUGGGAUAGCUCAUUGGAUCUUGUUAACAUUCUUAAACACGAGAUUCGGGAUGGACAGUUAAGCUUUCGAGGCAAAAGGGUGCUGCAGCUUAGUUGCGGUUAUGGAAUCCCUGGAAUCUUUGCUUGUUUGAAGGGAGCUUCAACAGUCCACUUUCAAGAUUUAAAUGCGGAAGCUGUAAGAUGCAAAACCGUCCCAAAUGUGUUGGCCAAUCUCGAACAGGCUCGGGAAAGACAGAGCCGACAGCCAGAAAGUCCGGUUACUCCAUCCAGGCAAGCUAUUUCUCCUGUGGUUCACUUUUAUGCGGGGGAGUGGGAGGAGCUUUCUGGAGUUUUGUCGCUUGUAAAGAACGAUGUGCUGGAAGCGUCACCAAGAAUGAACCUCAGCUUCUCAGAGGAGGAUUUUUUGGAUUCCCGUAGUAGCCAUGAUGGUAGCGUCACGGGACAAGAUACUCCCUCCAGGAAAUUAAGGAGGCUUUCAGGAAGUAGGGUCUGGGAGAGCUCUAAUGAUUCAAACAUUGGGGGAGGAUAUGAUGUAAUAUUGAUGACUGAUAUUCCGCACUCGGCAACUUCUUUGAAAAAGCUGAAUGGACUAAUUAAAAAGUGCUUGAAGCCUCCUUACGGAGUAUUGUUUGUCGCCACAAAAAAGCAUUUUAUUGGAUUCAACAGUGCGGCACGUCAGUUGAGGAACCUGGUAGAUGAUGAAGGCGUUUUUGAAGCUCGUUUAGUUAAAGAGAUUUCAGAUACAGAAAUUUGGAAGUUUUCCCUUAAAUGAACAUCCACGUGAAACAAUCAGUAAGAUUACUGUUAGAUAGUGAACCUUUCAUUUUUUUACAGAGCCUAGAUUAAAUAUACAUGUCUAGAGUAUUUCACCUAUAUGUUCAGUUUAUUAUCUAUUACAGUGAGAAAUAAAUGAUACUAGGCUUCCAGUUCUUUUGCCAUGUAUUCCCCCUCUGGUACCUAUUCAGAUUUUUUUUACAUUGUAAUACUCAUUGAUUAUAGUUCUUCUAAUACAUGGACCUUUAUAGU